CUUGCCCAGCCGGUGUGGUGCUCGCGUGUCACCGCCUUCUAAUUGAGAGUCGCUGCCGAGUGGGUGCUCGGUUUUCGGGUCGUCAUGGCUGGCUACGAAUACGUGAGCCCGGAGCAGCUGGCUGGCUUUGAUAAGUACAAGUACAGUGCUGUGGACACCAAUCCACUUUCUCUGUAUGUGAUGCAUCCAUUUUGGAACACUAUAGUAAAGAUAUUUCCUACUUGGCUGGCUCCCAAUCUGAUAACUUUUUCUGGCUUUCUGCUGGUUGUAUUCAAUUUUCUACUAAUGGCAUACUUUGAUCCUGACUUUUAUGCUUCAGCACCAGGUCACAAGCAUGUGCCUGACUGGGUUUGGAUUGUAGUGGGCAUCCUCAACUUCGUGGCCUACACUCUAGAUGGUGUAGACGGAAAGCAAGCUCGGAGAACCAAUUCUAGCACUCCCUUAGGGGAGCUUUUUGACCAUGGCCUGGAUAGUUGGUCAUGUGUUUACUUUGUUGUAACUGUGUAUUCCAUCUUUGGAAGAGGAUCAACUGGUGUCAGUGUUUUUGUUCUUUAUCUACUACUAUGGGUAGUUUUGUUUUCUUUCAUCCUGUCCCACUGGGAAAAGUAUAACACAGGGAUUCUUUUCCUGCCAUGGGGAUAUGACAUUAGCCAGGUGACUAUUUCUUUUGUCUACAUAGUGACUGCGGUUGUGGGAGUUGAGGCCUGGUAUGAACCUUUCCUGUUUAAUUUCUUAUAUAGAGACCUAUUCACUACAAUGAUUAUUGGCUGCGCAUUAUGUGUGACUCUUCCAAUGAGUUUAUUAAACUUUUUCAGAAGCUAUAAAAAUAACACCUUGAAACACAAUUCAGUCUAUGAAGCUAUGGUUCCCUUCUUUUCUCCAUGCUUGCUGUUCAUUUUGUCUACAGCGUGGAUCCUUUGGUCACCUUCAGAUAUUUUAGAGAUACAUCCUAGAAUAUUCUACUUUAUGGUUGGAACAGCCUUUGCCAAUAUCACAUGUCAGCUGAUUGUUUGCCAAAUGAGUAGUACCCGGUGUCCAACUUUGAAUUGGUUGCUGGUUCCUCUCUUCUUGGUUGUCUUAGUGGUAAACUUAGGAGUGUCCUCUUACAUUGAGAGCAUUAUCCUGUAUACAUUAACAACUGCUUUCACUCUGGCCCACAUCCAUUAUGGAGUACGAGUGGUAAAGCAACUGAGCAGCCAUUUUCAGAUUUACCCCUUCUCAUUGAGGAAACCAAACUCAGAUUGACUAGGAAUGGAAGAAAAGAAUAUUGGUCUGUAAUAAUCUUCUUUCUUUGGACAGAAAGAAGUACUGUAAAUAAAUGCUUGUAAAUAUUUCAUCCAUCACCAUUGAACUACACUGAUCUGCUUGACAGACAUGGGGUCUCAGUAUGGUACUUGGACAGCAGGAAUGAUACAUAUAAUCUGAACUUGUGAAAUUUUGGACCUACUAACUCUUAGCCUAUUUUAUUCUUUAAAAAACUACGUGACAUUUUGGUUGAGCAGAAUGUGCGUUAGACGAGCAUAAUUUUCCUAGUGAUUCUAGCUUCGUGAGUUUACAAUGUUUGGAUUCAUGCAGGGUUAAAGAUGCUUUGUUUUUAUUUUUUAAAUACCAAAAUGGGUUUUAGAACACUGAUAACACUCAGAAAACCACAAUGUGUUUUUGUAUUUGGUACUUUGUAAUAGUGGGCAUAGCAAUAGUCCAAAUCUAGUAUAGAGAAAGGCUAAAAGUAAGUCACCUUCAGCAAGAGAUGCCAAUGAUUACCCAACAAUAGACAGUUGCCAAAUACUGGUUUCUCUUUCCCAAGAAAAUGCCUUUUGUCCUCAAAUGAUAAGAGAGCUAAUACAUUUAGCUAAUAUAUGUUUAGAUUCUCUAGUAUUCUAGCUCUCUUUGUUAUGGAACAGAUCUUGAUAAACAGUUUAAUUUUCUCCUAAAGAGAAAUAUUCGGUUGAGAAUUUGAGAAUGGGUUGUAAUUAAAGCUCACCCAUUGGGAUGGUUCAUUCUUUAAAUGUGACCUUUUUCCCCCUUCAGCAGUAGGUUCCUGAGAUUUGGUGCCUGUGAGCUCUGAUCGUAGGAAUGUAUGUGACAGUCCACUCUUAUGAUAAUGACUUGUAAGGCAUGCAGAUAAAAUAUCUUAUAAGAUACAUACAAAUUGGAGUUAGGAAUUUCAUGAACCUCACUAUGACCAAAAUUAAUUUUUUUAUUCAGUUUGUCUGUCUGUCCUUCCCCUCUCUCUUUUUUCAGGGUGGGGUGUUUUUUGUUUCAGACACGAUGAAACAGAUAGAAAUUCUGUCUUCCCCAACUUAUCUAUUUCCCCACUUGAAGAAAACUUUUGAUAUAUAUGCCUUACUGAGUACAUGCUCUCUUUAAUGUUAAUAUGACUUGGAGUAAUUUCUGAGGUUUACUGAUAAACAUAAAAAUGUCUUUAAUUUUAAUGUAGUUACUCUAUAAACCAUAUUUUUUCAUGAUGUGGAUAUAUUUUCUUCUGUUUCUUUUUUAGUCUUCAUUUAAUUUGGUGGUGGUGAAAUUUACUUGCCGAUAUUCUUUUAUUUUUCACUGGAUGAAGUUUGUGCUUUAAUGAAGAGUGUAUCUUAAAGCCCCUUUUUUUGGACAGGUUGCACUUGGAUAAAAUAGGCACCACUGUGUUGAUAUGUAAUUAAAUUCAUCACUAUUAUUUAUGAAUGUGACCAUUGCUAAAUUUAAUUAUAGUGUGUUUCUUUGUUGAAUUUCAGCCUGCUGCUUUGUAAAAAAAACUGUAAUUGAUACUUUUAAAAUUUAUAAAUUCCAAUCAUUGUCAUUGAAGUUAUUAGAAAUGAGUCACAGCACUAGCUCAUAGUUCUAUACUCAUUUUAAAAAAUUAUAAAGGUUGAGGUGUAUUUGGUGACUUUCUCUGAGACACAGAUGAACAUUGGAAAUAGAUGAGAAAUUGAUGCAGAAGAAUGUGGAGAGUGAACCCAUGUUUGUUAAUUGCCAUCAUGGAAGUCAGAGAAUUAACUAAUUAAGUGACGGUAACUAUUUUUUGUAUACCUUGUUCUUUGUGAUCUGUAAAAUUGAACUGGAUAAAGUGUUAAUUCGGGGUGGGGAAAAGGCUUUAAGAUUUCUAAGCUAAUUAUUUUACUGUUUUGCUGACCUUGUACACAAGAAUGAGGCUAAUCUGUAUUAUAUAAGAAAUGAACUGAUACAUAUUUAUAAAAUGAUAAAUUUGGACUGCAGGCUUUCUUCACCUUGUACAGUCUAGUAAAAAUACCCUUUACUUCUGGCAUUAGGGUCAUGUCCAAUAGUUUGGGGGCUCUUUUACUUCAAAAGUGCAUUUCUGCAGCUCUUUUGGUUGUAUCAUAUUUAUUUGAAAAUUGUUUUGUGCCUGUACUUUAUGACCUGUUUCCUUAUAGUGGUAAAGAAUUAUGCCAUAGUCAGUUUUAUUGACAUUGCUAGAUGAAAGAAAAGUGCUGUUCACAAGGGGAAAGUGAAAUAGAGCAAUUAACUGUUGUUUCAGGAAACUUGUGAAGCUUUAGUGUACUGCUGACUCUUCUUGUUUUAGUUUGCCAUCUUGAAAGCCCCCAUUUGUUGCCUAGAGAUAUAGCAGCUGAGGCAGGAUUCAUUACAGGUAGCUGUCUGCAUUUAUGUCAUGCCAAUUACUAUAACAUUUCCAAAGUAUAAAAGGUCUUUCAGGCUUAUGCAUGAUAUUGUGGGUGACUUCACACCCAGCCUUUCUCCCCAGCAUACAGUGAGCUGCCUUUUGGGGAGCAAUGCCAGAUAAGGAGCAUACAUGCAUGUUUCUGUACUUUCAGAAUAGAGUGCCUUAGCUAGGCCAGAGGUUCUUAAUGUGUUUCUGCCGACCAAAGUUGCAUACACCUGUAAGAAAUGUCUUUUUAGGUUAUGGCAUGAAAAAGCAUCCUUCAGGCUUGUCAGAUAAUAAUUCUAGAUUUGAGGUGGGCAUGGGAUAAAAAGAUUUAAUAAUACCUGGAUAGAGAAUGCUAAUGCUGCCUUUUGUGAUCCUUUAAUAUAAUCCAUGAUGUUAGUGCAGUACACAGUUUGAAAUGGCCACAAUUUAAAGUGUCAUUCUUCCACAAAUAGGUAAUUGAUAGAGUUUAUGGGUUUUAGUCUUAAGGGUAAGAGAGUGAAUAACUUCCAAAUAAAAAGCUAAAUAUUCCUCCUUGGCAUUAAAAAAAAAAAUAUAUAUAUAUAUAUAUAUAUAUAUAUAUAUAUUUUUUUUUUUUUUUUUUUAAUAGAGACGGGGUUUCACCAUAUUGGCCAGGAUGAUCUUGAACUCCUGACCUCGUGAUCUGCCCGUCUUGGCCUCCCAAAAUGUGGGGAUUACAGGUGUGAGCCACCACGCCUGGCCCCCUCCUUGGCAUUUUAACGUCAUUAUUAAAAUACUUUUAAUUCUAAUUUUGAAAAGAAAGCUAAAUGCUGAGUUUAGGAUGUUACGGUACUAAUACCAUCAUGUUAUUUAUUGUAAUUUAGAGGUAUUGAGAGGAGGGGAGUAUAUGUCUAGAGUUACCCAAAUUCUAAACAGAUACCAAAAGAGAGUUGAUUAUGACCUGGAGCCUGAGCUUUGGGAAAAUAUACAAAGGAAAAAGCAGGCAUAGUAUCCACUUUAAAGGGAAGAAAGGACCACCUGAAUUUGAAAGUUUCCUAAGUGUUGUUUUCAAAGAACUGGUUUAUUUUGUAAUCAUUCAAAAUGCAUUUGGAAUGUACCUUGCUUCCUUAACAGACUUUGACUCUGUGACCUAUGAAGAAUAAAAAUCUGAAGGUGUUUGAGUCAGAGGCUACUUUUCCCCUUUGUAUUUUAUAUAGAAGCCUAUUUGUCAUUGGCUUUCCUCUUAACUAGCCAUCACGUAGGACAGAGCCUGCCCACUCAGUCUUGACUUGUUGCCCUAGAUGUUGUCACAUUCAGAUCUCUUUGAUGGCCUUAGAUCUCUUGACUAGUCAAGUACUAGGAACGUGCCAGAGGGAACAAAGUAAGCUUGAUGGGCUGGAACUUUUGACUUUGGGUUCCCGAAAAGCCAAAAACAGAUAUAGAAAUCUUUGGUUGUAAUGAUGCCUGUGUUCAGAAUGGCCUCAUCUUGACCUCAGUUCUGGACUUAAGUACUCUAUAGAAAAUUUGUGAAGUCAGACCAGAAUUUUCUUUGUCCCAUGAGGUGUCUUUGUAAGGCAGCAUGCCCUUUCUUGAACACCCUGUGGGUGAAUAACUUUAGUAAGUUAGCUGCCAGUACUAGAACCUUCCAGGAAGAAUUUUAACUAGUAUGCUACAUUCGAAGCACUUUGACACGUACAUUUAAAGUGACAGUUUUAAUAGUGAAAUGGUGUUAAAUCUCUGAAACUUGAACGUACGAUUCUCUGGGCAUUUUCAGAAGCUUAAGUAAAUUGAUUAUGUGACCCAUGUGAUUUGCGUAUUUUAGUUUUUAUAUUUGACAGUGGUACAAAUGACUGACAUUGGCAGGCAGUUACUUUAGGGUAUAUGGUUAAUCAUGCUUGUCUAACUUUUCCAGAGAAAGUGGUGAUAUGCUUCUUCCUUGCAUGGAGCUGUGGGAAUUGGAUUUGUUGGCUAUUCAUUUCCAGUGUUUCUACAGUGCAGAAUAGAUGUAACCUUUUAAGCCUGCAUGCUAAAAAGAUGCUUUGCUCUUUAGUAAACAAAUAUGCAAGAGAUAAUAAUCUGUCUCUCUUUUUUUUGAGCAGGGAUCUGCUCUCUCUAUAGACAGAUCUUUUAAUGUAUUAACAUUUGGAGUAGCAAAAAAGUUUUGCCAUUUGUAGCUCUCUCACAGGUAGCUUAAGUGAGGGGGUUGUGUUGCAUUUGCCUAGAAAGGCCAGGUUCCCAGAAUUGGAAGAUGCCACAUACACUGAUUUAAGAAUAUUUCAACAAAGGCUUGUCUCCAUGAAAAUUCAUUUGGAUCGCAACAGGAUUGUUCUGGUCUUCCACAGACCAUUCACAUGGUCUUUCUCUCCAGAGAAUCAUUCUUAGAAACCCAGGCUAAAUCAGAGUAGUGCUGUUUUUAAAGCAUGUAUAUUGGAUGCUGUCUAUAGAGUACCUUAAUGCUAUGUUGCAAUUGGAGGCAGACUCUUCUCUUCAGCAACACAUAUACUAAAAUUGAAGUUAGAGACAGUAUUGAAGACGCAGCGGGUAGCCAAAUGCUGUGGAUAUUUCAUGUCUCUUUGGCUAAUACUUUCUCUUGAGCAGUUUCUAUGGGUAGCAAUUAAACUUAGAAUUGAUUUUAGAAUUUUAUUAAAAUAUAUACAAUUCGUCAUGAAUUCUAGAUUCUGAUAUUCUCAACAAGCACUAUUUGACUAUCUCAAGAGUAAGUUCUUGACCUGGAACAUACUUAGUUAGUACUUGAUGUCAUUAACCAAGUUGUAGAAGGAGCAUGUUAUAAUUCUGCAAGAUCUGUGAAUAGCAUCAUAAAUCUGGGCCAGGCAUGGUGGCCCACACCUGUAAUCCCAGCACUUUGGGAAGCCAAGGCAAGUGAAUUGCUUGAGCCCAGGAGUUUAAGACCAACCUGGGCCACAUGGCAAAACCCCAUCUCUACUAAAAAUACAAAAACAAUUAGCUGGGCGUAGUGGCAUGCACUUUUGAUCCCAGUUAGAGGGGCGGCUGAGGCAGGAGAAUCACUUGAACCUGGGAGAUGGAGAUUGCAGUGAGCCGAGAUCAUGCCACUGUACUCCAGCUGGGGCGACAGAGCAAGACUCCAUCUCAAAAUAAAUAAAUACAUUUGUUUAAAUUACUGUUGUCAUUCAGCAUUAGACUUUGAGUAUACUAACUACGCAUUGAGACUGCUCACAAUAUUAACUUUUUUUAUAGCUUAUUUUGUUGUUUAGAUAACUUGCCUCUCCGGAAAACCAUUCAGGAGAUAAAGACCUAACUAUGUGUAAUGAUACGCUCAUUUCAAAAAAUGUGCCAAGAAAGCAGAAUUUAUUACUGAACUCUAAAUUUCAGGGUUGUUGUUGUUCUUUUUUUUUCAGGUAGCGUUUUCUCUGGGUAAAGGGAAAGGCAAUGAAUAAUUGCCAAGGUGUAAACUCCCUGCUGCCUACCUCCUCCCCUCCCCUUCAUCUAACAUAAUAUGUAAAUUUGUAGCCAAUUGUAGCAAAAGAAAUUGGUAUCUUUUUGAGUAAGGGUUCAUGCCCUGUGACUAAGAAUAGGAGGCAGGAAUCAUGCCACCUAUUGCGUUUAGCUUGGACUGUUGCAGUUGGCUUUCUGUAGUGUCUUGAAGCAAGAGGACAAUUCCAUUCCUUCUCAGGAACCUAGAAACAACACCACUUUUGCAACUGGAAUAUGUUUGCCGCAAGUAGGUGGAGAGGAAGAGGAGUUUAAUUGGACAUAUUAGUCAUUGGUCUGUCUGGGACUUGCUGUGUUCAUAGUAGCAAUGUAUGUACCAUUUAUUUUAUCUGGUUAUGUGUGUAUAUGCCUUUGAAAUAUGUACACACAUGUUCUCCACAUAUGUAUGUAUGAUAUAUUCAUAUAUACAUGCAGUCUACUUGAUUAUCAGCAAAAUGGUCAGCCUUUAUUAGAUCGUUUCUUCACGUGGACUUAAUCUGCAUGUGGCCCUUACUCCGAAGCCUCUUCCUGAUCUGGAGCCACAGUCUGUCUGUCUUCCAGUUCAUCUCAGUCCUCGAGAAGGGCCCUUUAAAUAUGUCACAUUCCCAUUUUCCUUUAACCAGGGGUUGUGUGAGCCAGAAAGAGCUUUGAGGAAGAUGGCUGCUUCCACCAGGGUGGAGGCUUCUGGGUCUGCAUGAUGAUGGGCCAGCGGGUGGCUCUGGGAGCAGUUGUGCGGCAGGCUUGCUGGGAGAAAACUCUAACUCUUGCAGAAACAGCUUCAUGACUUGCUUAAAUUACUUAGCUGGAAUAUUGUGAAGUGUCAGAUAAUGUGAUGUGCAAAUAGAGUAUGACGAAGCACUUCCUCGUUUCUGCAUUAUCUGUAUUAGUGUUUCCCAUUGCUAGCCCAAAUAAUCAAGACCAGACUGCUUCUCGUCACUGGAUUCUGGAAGCCUUGCCCUUUCAACUGGAUUUAUGUUUAUUUCUGCUGCUGUGAAACCCCAAAGUAAUGCGGUAGUUUUAAUUGAAAAUUAUUUAAUUCUAUUAUUGAUAAUUAUUUAUUGUAAUAAAAGUAAAUAAUUUUUAAAUCCUUUUAA